UCACAUCUAGUCUUCAACUUUGACAGAGAACAAACGUCAAAGCCCUUGAACUAUUGAAAUUAUACUAAAAUUCAACCCCCCAUUCACUUCUCUUACAAAACAAAGGAUCCCAAGUUUGGAUUUGGACAUCAAAUCUAUCCUCUCCAGACUCCAAUCCGAAUUUUACACACUGUCGUAACUCUCUUGACAUUCACACGUGCCCAAUAAGCAGCCAAAGCUGUCAACUCCCACCCAUUUGCUGACACGUUGCAGCACUCCCCGUUAAAGGAAUUGUCAACCCAAACCAACCAAGUGAACCAACUUUUAAAAAACCCACGCAGCCCCCCUUUCACAAGAGCCCUUAUAUGUAUAUAAACACCCACACUACUCAAACUAACCAAGUAAAAAAAAAUACGAAACUUCUCUUCUUCUUCUCUCUCUGCUUCAGAAAACUGCAAAAUGGACUGGACUAGAUGCCACGUUAUCGGCCACGGUUCCUCUGCCACCGUCUCCCUGGCCACCUCCAACAAUUCCGGCGAAGUUUUUGCAGUGAAGUCGGUAGAGCUUUCCAACUCCGGAUUCUUAGAAAGAGAGCAGAGAAUUCUGUCUUCUGUGAGCUCUCCUUACAUAAUUGGCUAUAAAGGUUGUGACAUUACAACAGAGAACAGCAGAGUUAUGUACAAUCUGUUCAUGGAUUACGCUCCCGCUGGCACAAUUACCGAUCAAGUCAAAGGGAAUGGAGGACGAUUUGAUGAAUUGACGAUCGGAGACUACACGAGACAGAUAUUACUCGGGCUUGAUUACCUUCAUUCGAACGGAUUGGUGCAUUGCGACAUAAAAGGUAGGAACGUUUUGGUGGCACAGAGUGGUGUCAAGAUUGCAGAUUUCGGGUGUGCUAAGUGGGUCAACGCAGCGGAGCCUGAUUCCGGUCGAAUUAGUGGCACGCCGGCGUUUAUGGCUCCCGAGGUGGCUCGCGGGGAGGAACAGGGUUUUCCCAGUGACAUAUGGGCACUUGGGUGCACGAUUAUAGAAAUGGCGACCGGAGGUUCACCGUGGUCCAAUGUCGAGGACCCGGUAUCCGUAAUUUACCGAAUCGGGUAUUCGGGUGAAUUACCGGAGUUUCCGUGUUUUCUAUCUGAACAAGCAAGGGAUUUCUUGGAGAAGUGUUUGAGAAGAGAUCCGAAAGAGAGAUGGACGGCUGCUGAUCUUCUCAAGCAUCCAUUUAUUGCAGAAUUAAAGCAAAUUGAAGAAUCUGAAUCUAAUUCCAAUUCAAAUUCGCCGACUAGUGUUCUUGACCAAAGCUUCUGGAAUUCAGUGGGAGCAGAAUCAGAGAGUCUGGAAAAUCUGGACCGCACGAGUUCAGAGGAUUGCGCAUACGAAAGAAUCAGACGGCUAUCUUUGAUUUCACCGGUGGGACCCAUAUGGGGUUGUGAUGAUGAGAGUUGGAUGACCAUUAGAGGGAAUGAUAGUGAAGAUGACAUUGGAGCCAACUGUGGCAUGAUUGGUGAUUGUGAUUUAGAAGAGGAGGAAAGCAAUGUGGGUUUUGAAGAUUUGUUGGGUUUCUUAGAUCAUAAUGAUAGUAAUUGUAGGAUAAGUAGACUUCUUUUGGGGUUGGAAAAAUGUGGUAGAGAUAGUGUUGUAAUUAGUAAUCUCAAGUUAGAGAGCCACAUAGAUACAUUGUUGUUUCAUUCAAUGAGAACAUAGUUGCAUUCACAAAUUCUAUCUCAAAUUCUACU